AUGCUCAUUUCUGCUCGAGUGUUCAAUGUUAUUGAUGAUUGUAUUAAGGUGACUGCUUAUCAAAAUUCGAGCUAUUCCAUCUCUGACAAAUCUAAUCCAAAGUAUGCAAAUAGUGUCACAUUGAAGUUCCAAAAUAUGGCACAAUCACAAAAUUUAUUUAUUGAUGUCGUUGCAUGUACAGAUCGAGUGGUUCAAUAUGAACUUGUAGUGACUGCCAAAGACCAACCUAUUUAUUUAAUUCAAGAUUCUUUCUCGGUUUAUUCUGUUGAAGCCAAUGAAUUUGAAUUAUACAGUCCAAAGACAGGUCAAGCGUUAUUGACACAAUUUGAUUCCUGUGAUGAAAAAAGUAUUAGAGAUACAGUAUCUAUCUAUGCUGCAAAAGGUAGAAUGCCUUCGAACCAAGAUUUCGAUGAGGCUCUUUCCCCAAUUAGCACGUAUUCUUUGAUUUUGAAUCAAUCAUUAGUCUCGACUGAUUCCAUUUAUUAUUUCAAGAUUAUGGGUAAUUAUGACUCAAUGCCUUCCUAUUACUCUGUAUUUGCAUCGACCUUGAAAAAUGAUCCAAGACCACCAAAAGUAUCUUACAAAGUGUCACGUGUUUCUGAAAGUUUUGAUGACAAGGUUCCUUCAGUUUAUAAUGUUGAGUUACAAACACCAUUACCUGCAAAUACUUUUUACAAAUUUGUGGGUUAUGCUUUGAGCGAUCAGUUGUCAAGCAUGAGCCAGGAUAGUGAGAUCUUUCGUAAUUUGAACUUCCAUACAUUGUGUGCCAUUCAUGCUAAAUCUAAUUUACAAGUUCUUGCAGAAGGAGAUAGUACUUCAAAAGUGCCACUCACAAUUAAUGUAUAUGGUGAUAAGGAUUAUGUUGUUAACCUCAUUACAAGAAAUGAUAAGGACGGUCAAUUGCAACAAGUAUCCACUCCAUUUAUCAUUAGAAAGUCACGAGAAAGUGCAGUUAGUCCUGGUGGAAUUAUUUUAAUUAUUUUACUUAUUUUAGUAGUAUUAUACCUUGGUAUUGGUUCCAUUGUUAAAGUUGUCAAGUAUAAGGCAAGAGGUAUUGAUAUUAUUCCAAAUAUUGGAUUUGGAAAGAAAAAACGCAGACGAAGCAGUGGUGAAGCUUAUGAUGUCAUGGAUGAUGAACCAAUUGUAGGAGAGGAGAACUCGAUUAAUAAUCCAGAAGCUUAUCGAGACAAUGAAGAGGAAGAAGGUGUAACAACCAUUGAGGAAGAUAUUAACCCAUUUGCACAACAACGAUCCUCACUUCCACCAACCUCUCAACAAGGAUAUACUAGUAUUAUUUAA